GGAUUUAUUAUAUUCUUCUAAAAUGGAGCCUUCAAAUAGCAGAGAAGCAGAGAGGGAGCGAGCGGGAACGCGUAUAGUUACAGCUACAUUCUCCUUUAGCUUUCCUCUACUUAUACUCUCUCUCUCUCCCUCUUUUUGAAUCAGUGCUUCUUGGGUUUGUUCUUCCUUGAGAUCUGUGCUUGUGUUUUCUUCUUCUUUCGACACAUUUGCUCGGGAGAUUGUGAUUCGCUCAGCAAUGGCGCCACCGAUUGAGGUUGCUACCAAAACUUAUGUUGAGAAACAGAGGACAGGUUCUGCACUUCCUCCUCUUAAUGAGAGGAUACUUUCGUCCAUGACACAGAGGUCAGUUGCUGCACACCCAUGGCAUGAUCUGGAGAUAGGUCCUGAAGCCCCAAUAAUCUUCAAUUGUGUGGUUGAGAUAGGAAAAGGGAGCAAGGUGAAGUAUGAACUUGACAAAACUACCGGUCUCAUUAAGGUCGAUCGUAUCCUUUACUCAUCUGUCGUAUACCCACACAACUAUGGGUUCAUUCCGCGUACCCUUUGUGAGGACAAUGACCCUAUUGAUGUUCUUGUCAUUAUGCAGGAACCGGUGAUCCCAGGAUGCUUUCUUCGGGCCAAAGCUAUUGGUCUGAUGCCGAUGAUUGACCAGGGUGAGAAAGACGACAAGAUCAUUGCUGUGUGCGCUGACGAUCCAGAGUAUCGUCAUUACAAUGACAUUAAGGAGCUUCCGCCUCAUCGUCUGGCUGAGAUCCGCCGGUUCUUUGAAGACUAUAAGAAAAACGAGAACAAGGAAGUAGCCGUUAACGACUUCCUUCCUGCUACCGCAGCCUACGAAGCAGUUCAGCAUUCCAUGGAUCUGUAUGCGGAUUACGUCAUGGAAACCUUGAGACGGUGAUAUCUUUCACCACCCAAAGCAAUAAAGAAUGUCUUACAAGUGCAUGUUCACAUUUGUUUUCUUGACACAUGUGAAGUGUAUACUCUAGUAUAAAUACAUACAUAUAUGUUAGGGUUCUCAAAGGAUAUAGAUUUGCGUAUGUCCUUUUGUUGAAUCCCGUUGAUGAUGCCGAAAAAUCCAAGAAACUAAGAACGUUGGUAUUUUACCCAUUUUGUUUCUUCUUCACUUUUAGCUUCUGAGUCAUUUUCCCAUAUUGAUCAAUUGUUGAAAGCUUUUCUUUUAUUAAAUCUAUGAAAAUCCGCAAUUCACCAAAAA